ACCUGGUUGUAUUUGUGAAGGGUUAACCCUUAGGAUGGAUGGUGUAGAGGCUGCCUAGUGUGAAGCCCUCAUUUCAAGGAAAUUUUCAUGUCCUGUUCUUUGAAGGGGUAUUGACUUCCUAAUCACACACAGACAUGCCUCUGAUCUUCCUGGGGAUGAGUCACAGUGCAACGAGGAUGCGAGGCACUGGCACCAAAUUUGCAGCGUGUUGAUCACUGCUGAUGACAGGACGAGAUCUUCUCUAAUCCCAUGUGUGGGGUUAGAGAGUGUGCUUUAUUAAAAGAGAGGACUUAGAGCUAUUAAAAUCAGAGUGCUGAGAUUUAGUUGAUUUGAAAGGGGUUUUGAUAGUGCUCUGCUGUAGAUUUUAAAGUAUAAUAAAGUAACAAAUGUUACCUUGAGCUUAGUGGCUUGAAAUGGUUAAUUUACACGCAGAGUGGAGCUUUCAAUGUCAGGCGAUCUCUUUUCUUUUUUUUUUUUUUGCCACCAUAAGCACUCAGCUGAAACAACAGCUAUGACUCAGUUGACAGUGAACGCUGCUUGAAUUGAUUUAGUCCGAGUUCAGAUUUAGCACAUAAUCAUGUUGAAUUUGAUCCACUGUGCUGCCUAGAGAUAAAAGGGUUGAAAAAAUAGAUUUAGCUUAUGUCAGUCUUUGUGGUGAUGUCAUUGCCGUGAGAGAUGGAAUAGCGCUGUUACUAUGCUGUGCCUGCUCAGUUGGUGGGUGUACAGGGGACAGGCAACCAGCAACUCACUUUAAGUGCACAGAGCUCGUAUUGGAGGCUUGCAGGCAUUGCCAGCGCUGAAACUGAGUCUUGGACUGUUCAAUUGCAGUACUGAAGAUUUAUUUUUUUUUAUUCUUUUGUUGUUUUCUUCCACCGUUUGUGACUGUGAGCUUGCCUAACUCUGUGUGCAAAGGCGGGGGAUGCCAGCCCGUAGCAUGGACUGUGAUGUUUCCACUCUGGUUGCCUGUGGGGUUGAUGUGGAGGUUUUUGCCAGCCCAGAGGUUAAGGAGAAAUUUGAAGGUUUGUUCCGUGCCUAUGAUGACUGCGUGACAUUCCAGCUGUUCAAAAGCUUCAGGCGUGUGCGGAUAAAUUUUAGCAGUCCCAAAUCAGCUGCUCGUGCCAGAAUAGAGCUGCAUGAAACACAGUUCAGAGGGAAGAAGUUAAAGUUGUAUUUUGCACAGAUUCAGACCUCUGAGACAGAUGGAGACAAGCUUCAUUUGGCACCACCACAGCCUGCAAAACAGUUUCUCAUCUCGCCUCCAGCCUCCCCACCUGUAGGGUGGCAACCAAUAGAUGAUGCAACACCUGUCAUCAACUACGACCUCCUUUAUGCAGUUUCUAAGCUUGGACCAGGAGAGAAAUACGAGCUGCACGCAGGAACAGAGUCCACUCCCAGUGUGGUAGUGCACGUUUGCGACAGCGACAUGGAAGAAGACGAGGACCCAAAGAAUUCUCCAAAGCCAAAAAUCAUUCAAACUCGACGUCCCGGUGUGCCGCCGCCCGUAUCUAACUGAGCCUCUCCAGCAGAAGCAGCACUUCUCUCUCCUCCAGCACAGCUCUUGGUUUUUGUUUGCUUUAUUCUGUUGAAAGGCAGCCUUUGCCUUCUGAGCACGGGACAGUAAGGUCAUUGAAACCCCUUCACAGUAAUCAAGCCUCUCUAACAAAAGGGCUAGGAAAAAGAUCUUUGUACCUGUAACCAUAUCACACACCAACUGAUAGAUCUAGCUGGAAAGGACAAAACAAGGCUGAGGAAACAAGGGAGGGUUUCAGUCUGAGGAUCUUUUCACAGCUAUAAUUUGCAUGCUGAAACACCACUACCAGAGAGGUCGUUUGGGUGGGAAUUAGGCCAAUGUCAGGCUUGAUAACCAAACUCCCAGGAUUGCUACUGCCCUUCAUCAAGCAGCCUGUUCCUCUGCCCUCCUCACUUCCCAACAAACCUUAGCCUUUUCCCUUUUUUGUAAGGAGGGGUAGGUGUGUUGUUUUUACUCUACUAGCAGCUUGGCUGUUUCACCGCCCUGGAAUUUUCUGUGAGGAAUAUUAUCUUUGCAACAUUUUCAGAAACAGAAAACAACCCUCUUCCAGCAACAGCUGUGGAGAACGGUGGUCUGAAAUGGUGGCAGGGAAGUGAGAUGGACCUCUCUGGGCUGAGGGGAGAGGCUGCAGCUGCUGGGGGGUCUGGUCAGUCCUUCUCUCUGGGGAGAAGGGAGUCAGAAUAUCAGUAGGGAUUGUCAGUUUAUCUCCUAUCAAGGAGUGAGUGGUGCUUCUCUCAGGGUCUGAGGAAGAGGAGCUGACUGCUCAUGUAAGAUGGGAUUCCUUGUUCUUGGUCAUAGCUGUACGUUCCAGUAACAUUUACAGGCUGAAUGCUUUCCUAGUGGUGUGGUGAAUAGCCCUGAAUUCCAGUAAUUACUUGCACAUCUCUAACAUUCAGCCCUUUUCCCUUCCCAUGUCCUGUGCUUCAAAGCCCUUUUUGAGCAGUAUGCAGUUUGGGUUUGUGGAGGUGAGCAGAGGUUAUUUGAAAUUCUUUUGUUGGGUUUUUUUUUCCUCUUUUUUUAGGCCAAAGAAAACAGGACCAUAAUUACACACUUGAAAUUAGACUGCAUGCAACUGAAUCCCCUUUUUUCACCCCAUCCUGCAUGUUUCUUUCACUUGCAAUAUAUACUGGGUUACAAAAACUGUUCUGUGUUUGCAUCAUGGCUGACAGCAGACAGAUCCCGGAUUCCCUGUCUGGCAGACCUUCCACGAUGAUUUAUUUUUUUAAUGCAUACUUGUCAUUUUGAGAACAUAUUUUCUAGACAUUUGAGCUCAGAUUUUGCAUAUAUUUAAGCAUGCGCUUAAUUUAUGCACAUGAGUAGUUCCACUGAAAUUAAUACUGCAGAAACUGAGCGUAUGUGUAAAGGUAUGAUGGGAUUUUUAAGCUAAUUAGCUGCAGCUGUACUCCCCAAAGUGACUAUAAAAUGGCACAGCAAGCUUCCAUGGUUUAAAAUCCUUUACAGCUUAAAAUAAGUAAAUACAUCUUGGAAGCUUAUUCUAGGAUCUGAAAAGUCAGCUUAGGUUCUGUAAUCAAGAUUUUUGUUGUAAAACCUAAUGAUCUGGUUUCUGAGGGAGGGUUCCAUCACACCCUUCAUUGGCAGCGAUGCUGCAAAGCUUCAGCAGGGUCAAGGCCCCCUCGCAGGGGUCUUGGCUUGGUGGCACUUCCAGGACAGCGGGAGUGCUGCUCUGUCACUGAGGACAGGAGAUGGCACUCCCAACCUGCGUGGUGGGGACAUCUGGGAAUGAGGACUUGUCAUUGUCACGUAGUUCAGCCUCCAACCACCACAGCCCCCCUGGUAUUCCUUGUGAGAUGUAGUUCUUCACUCAGCACAUUUCUAUAAUGUGAUAAUUGUUGCUGCAUUAUGGGCAUUGUUGUGUGCGUGUUACACUGACAGAAUUCUGCUCAUUAAAUACAGCACAGACUGAACAGAAAAUGGGGCUUUGGUAUCUUCAUGAUCUAUGUACAGUUUCCUUUAAGUAACGUAGGGGUGCCACUUCAAUUAUUUUUCCAGUGAUACAUUUAGAAUUGGUUUAAGGAAACAAAUUGUCACUCACAGGCCUAGGAAUGUAUCCUGUUGAAAACACCAUCUUAGGCUACAAAGAAUAUUCCAGGAAUAACACCACUGGCUCUUUUGAGAACACCCAGCACUGAUGUCCAUGGGGUUUAGUUUAGCCCAGUAUAGACAGGGACAGUAAGAUUUAAACAUGUAAAUGAUCAGAUAUCAUUGCUAAUGGGUUUUUUUACGGGCAAGACUGUUGGGGGCCAAAUCUUGUCCUUGUAUCCAUGUCCUCAAACUUUGGAGAGUCAUGGUUCUGAACUAAGUACUUUGGCCUCAAAUGAUGUAAAACUACACUGCAAAUUAAAGCACUGGACCUUAAAUGUUCUGUCCUCAAAGUGCAUUUUCAAACAGAUUUAAAACGAGGCCCCAUUCAGGGACUACUCCGUGCUUUGUAAAGCUGUAUCCAGGGGGCAGCAGAACACGGCUCAUUGCUUGAAGCACCGAAAUAGAAACACAAUUACAAACCUGAAAAUUCAAAGCGGCCUCUAUGGUCAAAGCUUAUAUAUUACCUGUAUGUGAUAAAAUAAUAGUCAUCAUAAAAGAAAAAGUGUUUCGAGUAUUGUGGAAUAAUGUCCCUAUCAUCAAAGAAUCAGCACUUGUGACUCGUGAGAGAAGCUAAUGUUUAUAAAGGCUGGUUCAUGCCUGACAUGGAAAGAAUGCUUCUUUCAAAAAACGCUGACUAUCUAGAAGGGUAAUUGUCCUAUUCAGUAAAUCACAGGCAGAGCCCCUACUCAUUUGAGUGGGAAUUUGCUUUUCUGUAGCUUUUCCAAGGUCAGCCGCUCUGACUGUUCUCACAGGGUGUCAGGAGCUCUCUCCUGCCGGAACCCUGGAAAAAUGGAGCCUCAGAGUUAUACUGUGGCUCCAGAGGCACAGCCCACAUCCUUUUAAUUUCCUCCCCAGAGCAGGAGCUGGAGGGAGCAGCUGGAGGUGAUGCCCUGGGGCCUCUGAUGGGUGGACAGGGCUCCUGCUGCUCUUAGGAAAUUAAAGGAGGAAAUCGGGGGAGUACAGCUGCUGUUUCUGUUGCCUGCUGCCUGCUUGUCCUUUCUGACCUCUUCAGAAAUGAACCUGACAUUUUAUUAACUUCUUCACUACAGUUUAAAGCAUGAAAACAUUUCCAGUGCAUGGAGAAAGAGUAUUUUGGAAUCUGCUCUUCUGGAACAAAACAACAAGUAAUUUCUGUGGCCUUGAUUUUUGUAAUUAAGACAAGGUGUACAAACUCCCCCCUUCGUAACAUACACAGACACACUCCAGUAAACUUCAUUUUCAGCCAAGAAAAUAUGGCAAGAGCAUCCCUUUCUUAACUACAGCAAGACCACAGCCAUAGAUACUGUAAAGUGUUUUGGGUUAUACAAAUUCUUCCCAUGCAUAAAUUUUGUAGCACUAAUUUGAUCCUAAAUUGGGUGAGAGGGGUGGGUUGAUUUUACUUUGGUCUUUUCCCCCCACUUUCCCAUUCAGCAGCACUGUAAAACCUUUCAGCAAAAAUACAGGAUAUUGUUUGUUGUGAGGAAUGGACUGAACUCCUUGCAGGAUGCGAUUCCAGUGAUUUGUCUGGGCACUGUCACAGAUGCCAUGAGCGUUUCCAUUGUAUUGUACAUAACUUUUGAAAUAUUCUAUUUAGUCAUAUUUUAUAGGAGUAUUAAAAAGCUACUGGCUAAUUAAUCAUUUUUACACUUGUAUAAUUCAGAGCUUAGUUUAAAAUAAUAAAUAUGGCAAACAGUAUUUUUGUGUUCUGCUUGCACUGGCGUUUGGAAAAGCAACAUUUAAAGAGUUAAACUAUAUCAAUAAACUGAGUAGUGUGGUGUA